GACUACCCUCUAUCUACCCUCACUUAAAAGCACGAAAAAUUAGCAUAUGGGUAGAGAUCCUGUUAUAUUAUAUGUUGUUUAUGGUGGAAAGUGGACCACAGAUCACGAAGGGAAGUAUGUUUAUAGUGGAUCCGGCAAGAAUAUAACUUCGUUGUUUUGGGAUGUUGCUAAUUUGGACUUUGAUGCCUUUUUGAAAGCCAUUAUUCAAAAGCUUGGUUGUGAUAUGAAAAAUCAAAGGCCAAAAAUUGCAUUUCAAAUUCAACGGCUUGAAAAAAAUAUUCCACCCUUUUCCAUUGAUUCAAGUGAAACACUACAUGUAUUUCUUUUGGAAUUAAAGCAAAACUUUACAGCCUUGCAUGUUGAGAUGGUUCCAGUUGAACGUGAAGAAAAAGAACAAGAAGAGCAAAUACAUGAAGUCCAAGAAGAACUCUUGGGAUUGCAAUCAGCAAUUGACCCCUUCGUUCCCCUGAUUGAUUGCUUCCAGGAUGACUUCUUCAAUUGUACGAUUGUUGCUGAUCAAGAAUCUGGGCGUGAUCAAGAAGGUAUUGUUUUUCAGAAAAAUGCAGGGAGGUGUGAUCAAAAUCCUCAAUUCGUUGAGUCUAAUGCCACUCCUGUGAAGAGCCCAACAACUGCUCAAGUGGAUGAAGAUGAUUAUAUUGGUGGUGAUAAUGAUGAGUUAAAUGAGGACGAGUGCUUUAUUCGGAGGGACGAUCCUUCUUUUGAUACGUCUUUUGGUAAUGAGGUAGACGCGACAUUGGAUGGUGGCUUUGAAGAUGGGUCGGAUUUGGCCAUCGGACUUGAGUUUGCUAACAAAAGAGAGUUGAAGAAGAAGAUGGUUGAUGUUUCCAUACAAGGACAUUUUGAAACAAAGACUGUGAAGAGCGACAAGAAGAGUCCCGCCUCCAAUUUCACCCAUUCCCUUCUUGAAACCCUCCUAGUCCUGCAUCCAAUCUCAUUCCUUCUCUUCUUCAUUCAGAAACCGAGCAUAGAUUUCGAGAGAGGAGAGCGCGGGCAUCCUUCCAACCUGCAUCACACGUCCAAGGGUUCCUCUCCCAACCUCGGUACUCUAGUGACGAGGAGGAAGUACCUCAUGGAUUCGUGGAUCUUGAGCUGCUCCUUCAGCAUGAUUGCGCCUUCCAAGGCCUUCUUCACCGACGUCGCCUUCUCCAUGACAUCUGUUUGGUCUUUAGUGUGAGUGGCAGAGCAAGAUUGAGGAACAUGGUUUCUUCUGGUGGAGCUCAGAAAUGGCGGCCCGGCGAUGGUGGAUCUACAGCAAAGAGAUUGGGUCAAAUGUUUUCAGACCAUUUGACCAUUUCAGGUUAAAUGUUUUCUAAAAUUUCAGGCCCGGAGAUGGUGGAUUUCAGGUUUUCAGACCAUUAAUAAGUGUGAAAAGUAUGCAGAGAAGUUGGAGCCACACAAAAGAGGCCUCAAUCGACACCCGGACCCCAACAAUCUUCCCCCGAUCAUCGGCAUAAACUUUUUCCAGCAAUCACUGACAACAGAUGAUAAGAUGAUCUUUGCAGUUCCGAUGGUGAGGCGUAGUUGUUUUGAUUGAUUCUUUUUUAAUCAUUUUUCUCCAAAUGUGUAGUCUUCGUUUUGUUUGAAUUAAGUAGGUGCAGAGCUAUGAAGAUUGGUACAGUCUGUGUUAAGAGAGUUUGAAGUCUGUGCAAGUAGUGAAACUUCAUUGAAAUAGGAAUGAGAACCAAAUAUGGCAACCCCCUUGGGAGAAGUGAAGAAGCUGAACAAGAGUUGCAGUACAGAGGGCGGCACCAGGGAAGGCCCAGAUUUACAGCCGCCCAAUUUUCUUACAACUUUAUUUUUUCUUUUCUUUUAAUUGUAUUUUAGUCAAGGCAAAGCAUUCCGCAUCCCGUCUUUGAAAGUUGUAUCCGUGUUGUCGCCCCCGGCCAGGGACCCUCCCCAUUGUCGUUACUACCUUUUACAAGACUGAAGGUUCUGGAGCUUAGAGAGUGUGAUCUAUCUACCUCUGCUGCCCUGAGACUUCCCGAGCUGAGACAUACUUUGGAGAAAUUGGUUUGCCAUAAUUCAUCUGUCCAGGUUGGUGGAUGUCCUGCAUAUAGGAUUGAUAAGAAGCUUGGGAAAGGAGGAUUUGGUCAAGUCUAUGUUGGUCGUCGAAUUAAUCCUCCAAAUCCAACUCAAAGAACUGGUUCAGGAGCUGUAGAGGUAGCCUUAAAAUUUGAGCAUAGAAGCAGCAAUGGUUGUAACUAUGGUCCGCCAUAUGAGUGGAAAGUAACGCUUGCUAGAGUUGAUAAUCUUCGGAAGUGCACCAAAAUAAAGUUUUUGGAUUCAAUCUCCCGAGAAGCAUAUCAACAUUUGGCAAGGCAAUUGAAUGUUUGUAUCGCCACAAUGAUAUUGCUAGGCUCAACCCCAAAGACUGUUGGUAUUGGUUAGAAGGGAAUUGUUUUAAUCUUGCAAGUUUGAGAGGCCAAGUAAAGUACAAGAAGUCACUCUGUGAUACUCACUCCUCCACUCACUCCUCCACAUACUCUGCAUAUGAUAGUCACUUUGCACAAAUUUUAUUUUGAGGUUGUAAUAUAUAUGCUGCAUUAAGCUGCUCCACUAAUAUUUAAGUAAAUAUUAAGUUAUUAG